AUGUCUUACCGCGGCGGCGGCCGGCGAGGCCGCCGCGGCGACACCCACGGGAGAGGAGGAGGAGGCUCCAACGUGUGGCCGCCCCCUUCCACCCCGCGCCCGGUGGCGGCGCAGAACCAGGUCACGGUGGUCUACCGCGGACCCCUGCUGGUUUUGCGGCACCAGGGCGCGACCGGGGUGCUGCCGGUGGCGGCUGCGCCGUCUUCCACUCCGGCGCCUCCACACCAGCCGGCCCUGAAGAGCGCCUCCACGCCGGCGUCCGAGCCGGCCUCGGCUGCCUCCUCCGCGCUGUCGCCCGCGGUCCUGGCGAAGGAGGUGGUGCGGAAGAACGCCUUCGUUUCCAAGACCGCGCUGGCGCCGUCCGCGGCUGCUGCUGCUGCUGCUGCUGCGGCGGCGGCCAUGGCGGCAGCGCAGGGGACGGCUGCUGCCGGCGCGGACGACGCGUCGGAUCUCGACCUGUCGCCGGUCUCCAAGAAGGGGCUCGCGCACCCCGCUAGGCCGGGCCGCCUCGCCACCGUGGGGAAGAAGGUGAUGAUCCGCGCGAACCACUUCCUCGUCAACGUCGCCGACAACAACUUGUUCCACUAUGAUGUGGCUAUUAAUCCUGAGUCAAAGUCAAGACAAACCAACAGGGAAGUUCUGAAUGAACUUAUCAAGUUGCAUGGGAAGACAGCUCUGGGUGGUGCCUAUGAUGGAAGGAAGAGUCUUUAUACUGCUGGUUCACUUCCUUUUGAAUCAGAGGAGUUUGUGGUUACGCUGGUUGAUCCAGAAAAGAAGGACAAAGAAAGGGCGGAGAGGGAGUACAGAAUCACAAUUCGUAUCGCUGGGAGAACAGAUUUCUACCACCUUCAGCAGUUUCUGCGCGGAAGGCAGAGAGAUAUGCCUCAAGAAACCAUACAAGUACUUGAUGUUGUCCUCAGGGAGUCGCCAUCUUGGAAUUAUGUCACAGUGUCCAGAUCCUUUUUCUCUACUACUUUUGGCCACCGAGGCGACAUUGGCGACAGGCUUGAGUGUUGGAGGGGUUACUACCAAAGCCUGCGCCCGACACAAAUGGGGCUUUCACUGAAUAUAGACAUAUCAGCAACAUCCUUUUUUAAGCCUGUGUCAGUUAUCAAAUUUGUGGAGGAGUACCUGAACAUGCGUGAUACAUCUCGGCCUUUGUCGGACAGAGAUCGUGUGAAGAUAAAGAAAGCAUUACGUGGAGUUCGCAUUGAAACAACCCACCAACAGGAUCAAAUCAGAAGAUACAAGAUAACAGGGGUUACUUCCAUCCCUAUGAGCCAGCUGAUAUUUCCUGUUGAUGAUAAAGGAACAAGAAAGACUGUUGUGCAGUACUUCUGGGACAAAUACAACUACAGCUUGAAGCAUGGUUCUUGGCCUUGUCUUCAGGCUGGCAGUGAUUCACGACCUGUAUAUUUGCCUAUGGAGGUUUGCAAAAUUCUGGAAGGGCAGAGAUACUCUAAGAAGCUUAAUGACAGACAAGUGACCAACAUACUUAGAGCAACAUGUAAACGUCCCCAGGAGAGGGAGCAGAGCAUACAUGAUAUGGUUCUGCAUAACAAGUAUGCAGAUGAUAGGUUUGCUCAGGAGUUUGGCAUCAAAGUUAGCAGUGAUCUAGUGACUGUUCCAGCCCGUGUGCUGCCUCCACCCCUGUUGAAAUAUCAUGAGUCUGGUAGGGAGAAAACCUGUGCGCUAAGUGUUGGACAAUGGAACAUGAUCAAUAAGAAAAUGAUCAACGGGGGAACUAUUGAUAACUGGACUUGUUUGAACUUUUCACGCAUGCGACCUGAUGAGGUACAGAGGUUCUGUAUGGAUCUGAUUCAUAUGUGCAAUGCAACUGGAAUGGUUGUCAAUCCACGUCCAUUUGUUGAUGUCAAAUCUGCAGCUCCCAACUAUAUAGAGAAUGCUUUGAGAGAUGUACACAGGAGAGCCACACAAAUGCUUGCCCAACAAGGAGUGGGAAAUCAGCUGCAGCUUCUGAUCGUAAUUCUGCCUGAUGUAAAAUCAAAAGAGUCUGUGAGACUGACAUUGGAGUUGUAUCUCAGUGUUGCUUGCCAAAGCAUGCUAGCAGGCCAAACAAGCAAUAUUUGGAAAAUGUUGCACUCAAAAUCAAUGUCAAGGUUGGUGGGCGCAACACGGUUCUUGAGCGAGCCUUUGUACGCAAUGGCAUACCCUUUGUGUCAGAAGUCCCAACAAUCAUCUUUGGUGCAGAUGUCACAUCCCCCCCCAGCAGGAGAGGACUCUGCCUCAUCCAUUGCUGCUGUGGUGGCAUCAAUGGACUGGUCAGAAAUCACCAAGUAUAGAGGCCUUGUUUCUGCUCAACCACAUCGGCAAGAGAUAAUAGAAGAUUUGUUUACUGUCACUAAGGAUCCGCACAAGAGGCACAAUGUUAAUAAUGGCAUGAUCCCCUAUGCUUUCUCUUGUGCACACAAGAAAGGAUCACAUUAUUUGAUUAAGAGAAAAUUUGGCUAUGCUUUGUCACGAAGUAAAAUCAAAAGAGUCUGUGAGACUGACAUUGGAAUUGUAUCUCAAUGUUGCUUGAUGAAGCAUGAUUGCAGGCCAAACAAGAUUUUUUUGGAAAAUAUUUCACUCAAAAACAAUGCCAAGGUGGUGGCAUCAAUGGACUGGCCAGAAAUCACAAACUGCACUGAUUCAGAUCAGGAUUGGCACAGUUCUCAUGAUGAAACAUCCCAAGAAUGUAUAAGGGUCAAUGUUAUUCUCCUUACAACAAAGGUUGAAGUUAUUGUUAAGAAGUAUUCUACUGUGGAGUAUGUUGCUAACCAUGCAAUGAGAGGCAUUGGUGCUAAGUUCACCGAUGUUUACUUUUUGUGUGACAAUAGAAGUAUAGAUGCAGGCACUCAUUUAGGCCAGUCAUGCACAUUGGAGUGCCGGCACCGAUUAAGAGGUGGCCAGAUAUCCGCCCCUAAGAGAUUUAGUGAAUUCCUUAAGGAAGAGCAACAAAAAAGCAAUUGGCAUGAGAUUGUUGAUAUACCAUAUGAUCUACAGAGGCCUCCAGAGUUUCUGGACAAAGUUGUUGGUCUAGGUGAUCCAUCUCAAUGGGCAUUUUCUAUGUUAGUUGAGGCACUAGAAAGGACUCACAAUGCCGGCCACAGUUAUAGGGGGGUGUUCAGUAUUGAUGACCUCUGGUAUAUACCAGAUUUUGAUUGUGUUGAGAUUAGAAAGAAGAGUGAAAAGUGCCUUGAUCAGAAAAAUUAUAUCUUAGACCUUUUUGUUAUUGUUUCUAUUAUUGAGAUGCACUUUUUGUUAGUAGAAUGGGACUUAAGCUACAAGUAUCCUAUGUAUCUAGACCGUCUAGUUAAGUGGAUACAUGACCUAAAAGAGACUGGUACCGAGUAUCUCUCAAAGGUCCAGAGAGCAGUUGUUUUUCUAAACCCUGCUGGAUGGUCAGCUGCUAAAAGGAUCCAGCUAUUUGAUUCGCUCAUGAUACAUUACCAUAAGUUAGAGCUGUUCAAUGAUCGUCAGAAUUUUAGGGCUGCUCUUGGCCAGGGUUCCUCUGACUCACAAUAUUCCUGGAAAUAUAAUCUUUCAGAAGAAAUGAUGAACUGUAUGGGAACUCAAAAGAUUUAUCGGGAUGAUUAUUUUGGACUGUUGGACUUUACAAGAUGCUUCUUUACACAUAUGGAGCGCAUAAUCGGGUCUGAGAAACAAGCAGAUGCCGCAAUAUACCUUCUUGCAAAGGACCAAAUUAUCCGGUUAUUAAAUUUACUGCUCAUCAAAUAUCAGCCCACGACUGGGGCCUUGCCAGCUGUGGGAACAUCGUCUGCUAGUAUUGCCAUACACCAUUCAGCUGGAGGCUCUGUAACCACCAGACAGUGCAGUGAACUCUCUCGGAUUCCCAGAGUCAACACUCUUGAAGUAUUUCAUUACUUUGGGUUUCGUUCAAACCCUUCGAGCUGAUCUCCGAUGGGUGUAUCUCAGAGGUCGGGGCUAAGGCCCCACCAGUUUUCCUCAAAAAAGAAUCUUGAAGACACCUUAGAGAACUCCUGACGAUGAAGGUGUUUCGGACAGACGGACACGAACUUGUAGCCUGCAACCUCUACACGAGUCUCCCAACGGAAACAGUAGAUGUAGCACUCUAUCGCAUCUUGUGGUUGUCGGUGUUCCAACUUCUGAACUCCCAGAUGGAAUCGGUGUUGGAGCCUUGCUCUUUCGCUUCUGCCACCAAGGCGGCCUUUGCUUUCCAUUCUCUUCCUCUUGUCUUCCCUUUUGCCUUUCACUGUGUUCUGCGUCAAAAGAAUAGCAGUCUUCGAGUUCAUGCACAUUUGCUAUGUGCGAAGCAUGUCGAGAUUUUAACAGCGGCUGCUGCAGCCUGCAGCUCCGAAAGACCGGACACUUGGUAACUAAUCGAACCGCCAGAUCGCACUUGUGGUAACUAAUCUGAAUGGAAAUGCUCUCGUUCUACUAAAGUUUUUUGAAAUGUUUUCUUUUUUCGUUUUUCCAAAGUAACAUUGUUAUUAAAUUUUAAUGAAGUCCAGUAGGGGGCAACUUUUUCUCAAAAUUAUGGCUAGACAGCUAGGUUGUCAAUUGAAUGAAGGGCUUCAAGGGCCAACCUCUAAGCUGGAGGAGAGAUCAUGGAUCAGGCUGCAUGCGCAUCAGAUUCAUCCCACCCAUGAAAUCACUCCAUAAUGAAACUGCCAAGAGCUUAUAAUCCAGAUA